AUGACAAAAUCAUACGGUACGUUCCCGGAAUUGUUUGACGCAUGUUUCGAUAAAAUUUCUAAAGAACUGUUCAAAUGCGAUGAGUGGGCCAGACGUUGGGUGGGCUCCGGACAUGACCAGGCUAAAUGUUGUCAGCUUAAAUGCACCAGGGAAGAAGUGGAGAUUUUGGAUGUUAUGGGUGUGCUGGCUACCCUUAUGCUAAACGUUCAACUGAAUGUGUUAUGUCAAAAUUAA